AUGCCCCUCUCUCCGCCCACUACUCCACCAGCCCGUGCCUCACUAGCUGCCGAAUGCGCCAGCUCAUCGCCGCCCCUCUCCCUUCACUCCUUUUGCUCUCCCUGCCUCCCCCAGAUCUACCUGCUUGAGAUCCACCUCUCGAGCCUCCACCAUCCCUCCCCUCCACCGUCUCCCCUUCCCUCUUCCCUCCCCCAUUCCCCUCCCCCACUUCCCCCUCCUCCCCUUCCUUCUGACUCAUCCGAAGCUGGAGAGGAGCCAUGUGAUGGGGUGCCGUGUGCUAAGGCGUGCUGGGAUGAUGGGUCUGUCUGUGACGAGCAGAUGCAUAUCAUCCCUCUAUUCCUCCUCAUCCCUACAUUCCUCCUCAUCCCUCCAUUCCUCUUCCAAACACUGCAUAAUCUCCCUCCAGUCCUCCUCAUCCCUCCAUUCCCCUUCCCUCUUCUCCCUCCAUCUGUCUGA